CGAGUGUCUCCGCGCGCCCGUCUGGACCGGCAGCCCCGCAGCCCCGCAGCCAGUCAGCGUGCCGCCCGCCCGCCCGCCCGCGGCCUGCAGGCAGCCAACCAUGCUCAACUUCGCCGGCGCUUCCCUCCAGCAGGCUGCGGAGGAAAGAAUGGAAAUGAUUUCUGAAAGAUCAAAAGAGAGUAUGUAUUCCUGGAACAAAACUGCAGAGAAAAGUGAUUUUGAAGCUGUAGAAGCGCUUAUGUCAAUGAGCUGCAGUUGGAAGACUGAUUUUAAGAAAUACAUUGAAAACAGACCUGUUACUCCCGUGUCUGACAUGUCGGAGGAAGAGAAUUUGCUUCCUAGUACACCUGAUUUUCAUACGAUCCCAGCCUUUUGUUUGACGCCACCUUACAGUCCCUCUGACUUUGAACCCUCUCAAGUGUCCAAUCUGAUUGCACCAGCGCCACCUACCGGACACUUCAAAUCGUUCUCGGAUGCUUCCAAGCCUCACCUCGCCGCCCCUUUCAAGGAGGAAGAGAAAGUCCCGGCUCCCGUCCCCAAGUUCCCCAAGGCUCAGGCAACCAGUGUGAUCCGGCACACGGCCGAUGCCCAGCUGUGCACCCGCCAGUCCUGCCCGGUGAAAGCGGCCGGCGGCCUGCACGGCCAGGACAGCUCUUUCCGAAGGAGAGCCCACCUCGGCGUGGAGGCUGCCCGCAAAGGCGUCCCCUGUGCAGCCGUGUCCCCAAGCAGCUCGCCGUGCGAGAGGAGCCCCGGAGCGGAUGCCGAUGAGAAAGCGGGCGCCGCCCCUUAUGACUUCCCUGCGCCUCCUUCAGAGACGGUCAUCUGCCGGUCUCAGCCGGCUUCCCUGUCCCCCCAGCAGAAGUCCGUGCUGGUGUCCCCGCCCGCCGCCGUCUCCGCAGGGGGAGUGCCACCCGUGCCCGUCAUCUGCCAGAUGGUGCCCCUCCCUGCCAACAGCCCCGUCGUGACCACCGUGGUCCCCAGCACGCCGCCCAGCCAGCCGCCCGCCGUCUGCCCGCCUCUCGUGUUCAUGGGCCCGCAGGUGCCCAAGGGCGCGGUCAUGUUUGUGGUGCCGCAGCCCGUGGUCCCGAACCCGAAGCCCCCCGUGGUGAGCCCCAACGGCACCAGACUCUCCCCCAUCGCCCCCGCUCCAGGGUUCUCCCCUUCGGCCGCCAAAGUCGCUCCUCAGAUGGACUCGUCCAGAAUCAGAAGUCACAUCUGCGGCCAUCCCGGCUGUGGCAAGACGUACUUCAAAAGCUCUCACCUGAAGGCCCACAUGAGAACGCACACAGGAGAGAAGCCUUUUAGCUGCAGCUGGAAAGGCUGCGAGAGGAGGUUUGCCCGCUCUGAUGAACUGUCCAGGCACCGGCGAACCCACACCGGUGAGAAGAAAUUCGCCUGUCCCAUGUGCGAGCGGCGGUUCAUGAGGAGCGACCAUCUGACCAAGCAUGCCCGGCGCCACCUGUCCGCCAAGAAGCUCCCAAACUGGCAGAUGGAAGUGAGCAAGCUGAACGACAUUGCCCUACCUCCAGCCGCUGCUCCCGCCCAGUGACACCCAGAAGGUGAAGAGUAAGAACUCGCUUUGGUCACAGCAGGGAGCCCAGCGGUGAUGCGGGAAUGCUUCCAUGCCAGUCUGUGGCCCUCCGGAGGCGCUGGAGCAGAGGCCCACCCAGACGGGGUUCCAUGACAGGAAGCGCUGUGGUCACAGGCCCGCCAGAGCGCCAGGAUUCAUUUCUUAUCACCUAAGAGACAUGGGGAAGCUUUUACUCCUCUCCAUAGUCUUCGAAGGUUUCCGAUGAGGUCAGCACAGGCAGCACAAACUUCGAAUUUGUGUGCACAACCUGUUACUUUACUUUUGCCGUUUGUACUUGAGACCAAUGUUGCAAUGUGAUCCUCCCAGAGCACUGGUCUCAAGAGUGAGAGAGGCUGGAAAUCAACGCUACGGUACAGAGAUGGAGAUAUAAAGUCCGUUUUUAUUAUUAUAAAUAUUGUCACCUUUUCCUAGAGUUAUCUUGUUUACUAUUCCUCGUCUUUCCAGUCAACUUGGUGGGUGUAGUUGCUAAAUAGACCUUGCCAUUUUUACAUUAUUGCUGACAUUUGGAAUUGAUUAGCUGUAUAUUGCUAAAGAGGGCCCAACAUUUGGAAUCCUCAAAUAAUACAACUUUUUUUUUUUUUUCAUUUUUGUUUUGAAAGUUUUAAGAAAUGAUUAGGCAUUUUAUUAUGCUUUGAACUUUAGUUUGCCUGCAGUUUCUUGUGUAGAGUUAAGAAUUGUAUAUCUAUGUGUUUUCCUAGAGACUAAGAUACACUGCACUUUGUUUUAGGAAAAAAAAUUCAAAGAUGAAAAUAUAUAUUGUAAGGAAGGGAUAUCGAGAAUUUCAGAUAACUCCUUGAAAAAGAUGGCUUAUGUCAUCAGUAAAGUAUGUUAUGAGGACAUAACGUGUGCUUUAUUGAAUUAUAUAGAACGUUAAUGACCAUUAUUCACAAAUGGACAGAUACUGUCCUAUUAAUUUAUAGGUGGUUUAUGUGGGGAUGUGGAACUAGACGUGUAGAAAAAUCACUAGAACAUUCACUCUUGUUAACAGUAUUCCUGUUAUAUCCUGUCGUGUCGUGGGUGACAUACACAGUGGUAAAACAAAAACAAAUUGUUUAAAAUAUAUAGUGAAAAAUGUCCCUAUACCUACCCAUUUAACAUUUUUCUCGAUAUCGGGUCGAGAUUUCUGACAUCGUAAUGACCCUUGGAAAAGUUUUCUUUGAAUAAAUAAAAAAAAAAAAAUCCUUGUGAUUUACAGUUUGCACAAUAUUUCUUUUGUUGUACUUUAUAUCUUGUUUACAAUAAAGAAUUUCCUUUGGUAUA